AUGCGGAUAGUGGACGCGAGUAGCGCGCGCGCCGGCGUGUACAUUUCCAUUACCGUUUACGUAUUCGCGAUCGCGUACUCGCUGUAUGCUGAUAUAAAACUCUAAAGACUACAAAAGUUAAUUGUGACAGCUCUCAACAUUCUAAAUUUGAAUAUCGAUUCGACGCCUAAAAAGCGAUUUAAUUGAAGUGAGAUUGAUCGAUUGUGAUACGAAUACAGUUUUUUUGUGAAGCGAAAUUCGACGUUAAAUCGAUUGGCAGUGUUGUGAAUGGGAAAUGAAGUUUUAUAAGUGUCAUGUUGUGAAGUGAUUCGUAAGUUAUUUUUAAGCUGGGCUGCAUAAAGGCCUACCGGCAGAGCGAAACCUUGCCAACGCCACAUGUCACCAAGAAAUGAUUCCGAUUAUAGUGAGAGUUUGGUGCGAAAGUGGCGCAGGCUGGUCUCCUACCGCAGUGCCUGUCACUCCACAGACCACCAGCAGAGAUGUGCUGGAGUGUUGUCGGGAGCCGGGAGACGAGCCCUGUCUUCUGAUAAGCGUGCAUCCUCAUCAUGGAGUGCAUGUCCUGAGGGAUCAGGAGUCUCCCCUGGAGUUGGCGUCGGCAUGGGGGCCGGAUGUACAAUUUGUACUGAAGUACGUCGAUGAAGAGACGGGGGACACGGAUAAGAGCAAUGGUAUGAAGGAGCCGGGAUCACCUGAAGAACUGUUGGGGGAAGGGGUGGAGCUGACCCUUGGUGAGCUUCGCGCGAUGGCUCUCCGGCAACAGCAACAGAUAGACACCCAGCACCAACUACUGUGCGCCAAAGAGCAGAGGCUACGGUACCUGAAGCAACAAGAAGCGAGGCAACAUCAGGUGGCUGUAGAAGGGGAGAGGCUUCGAAGGUUGCGCGAACGAGUAGAGGCCCAAGAACAAAAGCUGCGAAGACUAAGAGCGUUACGAGGUCAACUCGAUAGAAAUAAACAAACUAACAUAGCAUUAACUAGUGACCUAGAAUCAAUACGGGCCUUAUUCAAUGAGAAGGAGAAAGAGUUAUCGGUGGCUGUGGCCAAGGUGGAAGAGUUGACGAGACAGCUGGAGGAGUUGAGAAGAGGAAGAGUCCAGCCGGCGCCUCCGUCGGCACACGAGCUUGAUAAACUUCGACGAGAACUUAUGUACCGCAACAAACUAAAUGAACAACAGAACGGAAGGCUAUCAGCUCAGCGUGCAGCACUGGGAGCUCGACAAGAGGAGAUGAGGAGUAUCGACAGAAGAGUGUCGGAACUCCAAGCGAGGUUGCUGAGGAAGAGAGCGCUGAACCGGCAACUUGCGGCGGCACAUCGACAGCCCCAGCAAAGAGUCAAUAACAGUACACCGAUGCAACAGCUCCCUAAUUAUCCCGCCGGUAACAACCCCAUGAACAGUCAACCAAAGAACCAGCAGUCACGAGGCAACGUAGCAGCUGUGGAGCCCUACAACCAUAUUCCUCAGGCGCAGAGUGUCAACAACACAAACUUCCAGGGUAUGAAACAAAACAAUGUGCCACUGAAACAACUCACACAAAGUGACAACAUUCAAACACAUUUAACACAACAAGAAGCGCAUUAUCUGCAGCAAAAGCAAAUGAUGAACCCACUUUACAAUGGCAAUUACCCACACAUGCAACAACAACUUCAAGACAGCCAAUACCCGGGACAGUAUUCAAAUAAACACGACAUGAAUGCGAUCAACAAUAUACAGCAGGGAAUAACAAACUCAUACGACGCGAAGACAAUAUUCGAUUAUGUUAACAAAUACAAUGAAUAUCCGAAACAACCUCAAUACAGCCCAAACAGCAACAGCAGUUCAAACAGCAACCAAACAGGAAAGGAAACUAAAAUAAACGAGCAAGAAUUCCCACCAGAAUUCGCUGCAAGUAAAUCUGAUCCGAAGUAUCAGACACUGCCAUACAACACGAAAUUCCCCAAUCCAAAUGUUAAAGUAAAACAAAAUGAAGUCAAUGGAAAAACGAAUGAUUUGGAUAAGAAUCAAAGUCAGCAGAAUAUAAACCAUAUGACGGUACAUUCUACCCCGUUAUCAGUUGUGAACAAAAGCUUAGCAACACCAUUAAGUCAAGCAGAAUUGGCAUAUCAAGAACAAGCAUAUCAGCUACAAAAAUCAGAUUCUUCUGGAAGAUGUAAUCAAGAAGGGAAGGAAAACCAUACAUAUCAGCAAAACUCUAGGUUAAGUUCAAGUAAUAGUCAAAACGAUUCUAGAAACAAUGGAAAGAAUCAACAGGGAAGUGUCCCAAAGGGCUCGCCCAGUAUGGUGUCAAGUUCGACUACUGCUAGCAGUUCUAUUGGAUUCGGGAAGCCCGUGUCAAGCGUUGCACCCACAUCGGUUCAGCUCUCGAGUGCCAAACCAUCCCCCAUUUACCAGACAUCAUCAACAAAAAUCCAACCUGUUCAACCACAAACAGUUCAAACGCAAACCAUAACUGCACCCACAAAUGCUAACACGGUGAAUUCCCAAAACCAGAUCAUAAGAAACACCGCGUCGGGACUUUCGAAUAGUACAGGGAGCUCUAACUUCAAUGGCCAGAACGCGUCAUCACAGAGCAUUCUGUUAUCGCCACCACAAAGUGCCAGCACCCCACUAUCGACUCCAGAUGUUAGUGGCACUGAUAAAUCGCCUAAGCCUGCACUACCUCCAAAGCCUAGUGUUAAGACUCCACCUCGCCAGUCAGUGAACAAUGACAUCGGCUUUGCACAAACAGAAUCUAACCCACUGACACUCCCAGACAGUUCUAACGAGAGUGACAGUCACAAGGAAACCAAUGGAGGAAACGAGAUGAUCAUAAAAGCUCGUCCUCUAACAAUACGCAAACCGCCAAUGAGUGAGCAACCUAAGUUAAGGAAUCAUAUCAUGUCCAAAAAUGGUAUCAACGCUGGUAUGAACAGGAGAAUCGAAAUGCCACCAUCAUUCCUAUUCCCUGAAAUAGACCGGCAAGAAGCCAAUGAGAUGCCAAAUGGAAAGGACAAAAAACAAAAAGAUGAAGUAGACAGAGCUUUGAAUAACAACAUAUCAAAUAUAAGCGAUAAAGAAGAGAGUAAAGAUACGGUGUCGGAUAUCACAGAGCAAAUCAGUUCUGUGGACUUGAACGGUCAGGAUUCUCCGAGGUCUGAGAAUGUUCUGAGGCGGUCAAAGAAGGGUAAUUUGAAGCAAGGUGGAAAAGCUCCUCUCGCGAGGCGAGUGAGUUUUGAUCCUCUCGCUUUGUUAUUGGAUGCUAGUCUUGAGGGAGAAUUGGAACUCGUGAAGAAGACAGCAACUCAGGUACAAAAUGCAAGCGCUGCUAACGACGAGGGUAUAACUGCUUUACAUAAUGCCAUCUGUGCCGGCCAUUUUGAAAUAGUCAAGUUUUUAGUGGAGCUGGGUUGUGAUGUGAACGCCCAGGAUUCAGAUGGAUGGACUCCCCUCCACUGCGCAGCCUCCUGUAACAAUCUUCCCAUGGUGCGAUUCCUCGUUGAUAAUGGUGCUUGUAUUUUUGCGACAACUCUAUCUGAUCACGAGACAGCAGCUGAAAAAUGUGAAGAAGACGAAGAGGGAUUCGAUGGCUGUUCGGAAUAUCUUUACAGCGUCCAAGAGAAGUUAGGCAUCAUGAAUGGAGGCAUCGUAUAUGCCGUGUUCUCGUACGCGGCGGCGCGCAACGACGAACUAUCGUUCGAGAGCGGCGCUCGCCUGCAGGUGCUCAGGAAGGGAGACGACAACGAGCGAGAAUGGUGGUGGUGCAAAGACGACUCCGGUCAUGAGGGUUACGUGCCCAGGAACUUGCUGGGGUUAUAUCCCCGAGUAACUCCACAACAAGAUUGAACAUGUCACGGCUUAACUUAUGGACCUAAUCUCUAGCUGUAAAUAGACUGUAGUUAAUAAUUGUUUAUGUAUUAUAUAUCUGUAUGUAUGUAAUCUUAUAUAUUGUAUACAAUUUUAUGAGAUCUAAUAUUUUGUAAAUAUUUAACUAUUACUUAAGUGCAAAACGAAUGAGAUUAUAUUAUUAUUGUACAUACAUUUUAUAAAAAUCGAGUCAUCAUUGUUAUUCUUUAUGGUUUGUCUAGUUUUAUUUGCAAAUAUUGUGAAUUAUUACGCAUAAAUUGACAAUAUAAAAUAAUAAUUAUUACAAUUA